UGAAAAACUAGGAUACUGGUGAAUGUACAGAUCUUGCAUACGUGGAUCCUCAGCUAAGAAUUGCUUCCUUCUCACAGAAGUGUGAGAUUUUACCAGAGAAGAAUUUCUUCUUAGGUUGCCCUGGCUGCCCCGAAGAGAUACCUGUCGACAGCCCAGAUAUGAAGGAGGCUCUGAAUCAUUCCAUUACAAAGCUUAAUGCAGAGAAUAAUGCAACUUUCUAUUUCAAGAUUGACAUUGUGCACAGAGCAACAUCACAGGUGGUGAAUGGAUUCAAAUAUUUUAUUGAGUUCACAGCCAGGGAAACCACAUGUUCCAAGCAAAGACAUGAAGAGUUGAGCGAAAGUUGUGAGAUCAAAAAACAUGGAGCAAGUCUAAGAUGCACUUUUGAUGUUUACUAUCCAGUAGGUGAGAAGAAUAGAAUUGACUCUACUUUCGAAUGUCAAUCACCAGGAAAGAAGCAACUAAGACCCUGCGUGUACAAGGGCCGACCUCGGGAGGCAGGGACACAGCCAACAUCUAAGAGUGAGGCCUCUUGACCAGUGGGCAAAAUCUCCACGUCUCGCACAAUAGCCCAGCAUCCUGUCAGCAA